AUGGCAGAUUUCGCCUACCGCCCACCCGCACCAGCGCCCAUGACCAACGACCGGUGGUUGUCCUCGAGAAGUCCUAUUUACAACACUCCAUUUUAUAGCGCCAGGUUCGACGCGGGGAGCACCCCGUCUCUCUCACAACCAAGCGUGUCCUACAGCCCAGGCGCUGCUGCGUCCACCCAUAACUCGGCGAGCAACUUUUCGCUUGGAGGGGUAUCACAGCUUCGGAGUACACCGGCCCCGCCUGCUUUCUCCCCCCCUCCAGCAUGCAAUCCCCGAGUGACGCAAAACAUCCCCUUUGCCACAACCACUAGCCCGGCGCCCGGAUCCGGGCAGGUUUCUUUCAAGAGCACAGCAUCGCCAUGGGGGGGAUGGGACCCUCAUCCCCAGCCACCAACGGGCGGAUUUCCGAGGCCCAGCACCGCGAUCGGCCAGGGACCCUACCAGGGCAGGUAUUCGCCAUCGGAUUCCAUGGAUGAGCUGGGCUCACCGAGCCUGUCAGAUUAUUCCCUAGACAAUGCGCUCUCGAGCCCGGGAGCCCCGGGCAGCGGGGUCGGUGCCGGGGCCGGAGCCGGAACCGGAUCUAAGCCUCGGUCGCAACGACGCCCGUCCAACCGGGACGAGUUCGACGGCCCGCAUCAGUUCCUCAAGCGGCCCCCUCCCGAGUACGUGGCCAUGCAGGAGCGAGACCUUCCGCGACUCCCGACACACCUGCUGGUGCAGGAGCAGGAUAGUGUCCUGAACCAGGUCAACGAGCGGCUCUCGCAGUGCGCGUACGACUUUGUGGCCAAGUACCAAUUCCCAAUCCCGCUGACGCAGGACAUGCGGCCCGUCGAACGGCCGCAGGACCGCGAGUGGACCGAGUGGGUGUACCUGCUCAAGCGUCUGGCGACCAAGCGCCGCAUCCCGGCCCGCGUGUUGUACAACGGCCAGAUCAAGCAGUUUGUUACCAUCCUCGAGAACUCGCUGGAGAUGCGCCACGCCGCCAAGCACCAGAGCCGUCCGCUCAAGGACGACCGUAAUAUCUUGCAGCUUAUCUCGGCUGGUAUCCAGGUGGCCAAGAUCUUGAAGGAUGCGCAGGCCAUGGAUUACCUUGACCGACUCUACGUUUCCACGGAACAACGGAUCCACGAGCGCGCUGCGGCAGCUGCCGCCGUCUCUGGAAACCUACGAUUCCGCUAA